AUGCAGUCUAAACAAUCUCUUAACGAUUUUCCAAAAAUUAGUUUAAACCUUAAAAAUUCGGCAUUAAGUGCUGUUAAGGCGUUGCAUGUUGUCGCGUACGGGGAUAAAGGGUUGCCGCGACAAACAAGGAAGAACUUGCGGAAUUUCACAAAAUUUUCGUGGGAUAAAGAAUCCGAGGAAUAUUGCACAAAAAUAAAAGACGUGAAAAAUAAACUAAGUAUGCCGGACUUAGUAGCAGUUUGCAGUGUUUUAGAUCUGAACUACACUGGUUCAGAAGACGACGUGAUUGAACGUAUUUGUUCAUUUUUGAACGACUUCAAUCUUGAAGACGAGAAUGACGAUGAAGACGGAGACGCUAGCGAUGAUGACGGUGAUAAAGACAUUUAUCACAAGGAAAACGGUAAAGACGUUACCGAAGACGAUCGCUAUAAUGAAGAUAACGACGCAAAUAGUGAUAAAGACGCUUAUCACUAG